AGAAAUUUUAUAUCCAGAUGGCCAAGAAAAUGACAAUGUAUUUGUUCGGUUGUUGUUGUAAUUCUAUAAAAACAAUCAUAUGGGUUCAACAUGUUCUUGUGGACCAGCUUGUGACACCUGGUCAGGAGUGCGAUCAAAAUUACAGCAAUCAGCUGAAUUGCGUAGGAAGAGAAGAUACUGCCCCUGUACUAAUAGAAGACCUAGAUGCUUACAAAUAAGGCGUCGAACAAGGAAUAAAGAAGAAAGAUGUACUUGUAACCACAAAUGCUGUUCUCGAUGCUCAUCACCAGAAAUAUAUGUCGACAACCACGUCCAAACACAAGAAGGCGUUAAAAACAUUUGCAGAUUCACCGUCGAUGCUUAUUUUGUUUGAAAUAAUGAGUAUAUAAUUAAAUUAUUGGAUAAA